CCGCGAUCCGGGGGAAGGAGCUGCGCUGCCGGCCCCGUCCCGUUGCCCUCAAACAGCGAGCCGCCCCCCCCCCCAUCCCGGCGGACUGAGAAGAAGCCUUUGCGUCGUGAUUAUUGUGGGUGGUGGUCGUUGGGGUGUUGUGCUUUUUUUUCCCUUCCCACCCCACCACCCCACCUUUUUGUGGUGUCGCUUGGGAAGAUGCUACUCUCCAAAUUUGGGUCCCUGGCUCAUCUUUGCAACCCGACCAGCAUGGAUCACCUGCCGGUGAAGAUCCUCCAGCCAGUGAAAGUGGAAAAGGAGCCCUUCGAUAAAAUCUAUCAAGUGGGCUCGGUCUUGGGCAGUGGGGGAUUUGGCACCGUCUACGCCGGGAACAGGAUUGCGGAUGGCUUGCCGGUAGCUGUAAAACAUGUGGUGAAGGAGCGGGUGACAGAGUGGGGCACGAUUGGUGGAGUAAUGGUGCCCUUGGAAAUAGUCCUGUUGAAGAAAGUGGGUUCAGGCUUCCGGGGUGUAAUUAAGCUGCUUGACUGGUACGAGAGGCCUGAUGGCUACCUGAUCAUCAUGGAACGGCCAGACCUGGUGAAGGAUCUCUUUGACUUCAUAACGGAAAAGGGGGCGCUGGAUGAGGACACCGCAAGGGGCUUCUUCCAUCAGGUCCUGGAAGCAGUGCGCCACUGUUACAGCUGCGGGGUGGUACACAGAGACAUCAAGGACGAGAACCUUCUAGUGGAUCUCAGGACGGGAGAACUGAAGCUGAUCGAUUUUGGGUCUGGAGCCAUCCUCAAGGACACAGUCUACACCGACUUUGAUGGAACACGAGUGUACAGCCCACCAGAAUGGAUUCGCUAUCACAGAUACCAUGGGCGAUCGGCUACUGUAUGGUCACUGGGCGUUUUGCUCUACGACAUGGUCUGCGGAGACAUCCCUUUCGAGCAAGAUGAAGAGAUCUUGAGAGGACGCCUGUAUUUCAGGAGGCGAAUUUCCCUGGAAUGCCAGCAACUGAUCAAAUGGUGCCUUUCCCUGAGGCCUUCAGACAGGCCAACCCUGGAGCAAAUUUUUGACCACCCGUGGUUACACAAAUCCGAAGUUGUGAAGUCAGAAGAUUGUGACAUACGGUUACGGACCAUUGGCACGGACGUGUCUCGCACAAGUUCAAGCAACGAGAGCCUGUGAAAUGCUAAGGACCUUGUAAAGGGAGGGGAACCACAAAGCGGGGGGGGAGAGUGAAAAGACUGCUGCCAAUAUGUAGAAGGGGCUGGAGGGAGGGAGAGAAAUGCAUUAAUUAUUCUGUACUUUGAAUCUUUGUCAGAGGGAAUUGAUUUUUUUUAAAAAAAAUUCCCUUAUUGCUGGUUUCUGCUUCAGAAAGAAAUUUCCUUUGGAAACGCUAAUAUAUGGGAGUUGGCCAGGCCAGUACUUAACCCGAAAGACUGACCUUAAUAUUAUUAUUAUUAUUAUUUUUUAUUAUUAUUAUUAUUAAGAAAAGCAGUGACCUCUUUAAAUAACACGGUAAACCUUUUUGCUCUCAUAGAGCCUGGACUAAAUUUUAUUUGCUUUUUUGAGUGCCUUUUUGAAAGCUGCUUCAGUGGGACUUUCUUUUUUGAGCUGUGUGUGUCCAAAGAAGAUCCAGUACAUUAUAGAACCUGCCUUCCCUUCUCCAUUCUGGGUGCUGGGGAAGCGGCUCCCUAUGAUGCACUAGAAAACAUGUUCAGUGACUGAAUGAAGUAGUCCCAUCAACUGAUGAUGGAAUACUUGAACACAGACAUUUCA